UUAAUGUUAUUUAGUGUCGUGAUUCAAUUCUGAAAACCGUAGUCAUAAUCUGUUGCUAACAUAUUGGAUUACGGAGAACAGCGCAAAGCAUUUUGUUAAAAAAACUGUCUACUUAUAAUUGUACACUAUGGUAUACAAUAUAAAGAAAUUCCUUGUGUUUCUAAUCAUGGUGGUUCUUUUAACAAACUUUCUCGUCAUGCUCUGGAACAAGUUUCAAAAUGUUCAAUGGAAAUAUAAGCCGAUGAUCAUUUAUUGGCCGCAACCAGACAAGAACUUAGAGUGCUACAUCUAUACAGACAAUGAUGCGUUAAUGUCGGUAGAAGAUGUAAGCUUUAUGCCCAAACUGAAAUCAAUAUUCUUCCACGAGACGUCGUGCAGGGGCGGCGUGGACUCGCGGCAGGCGUGUGCCGUGGAGUCCGCCGCCAGAGCCAACCCUGACUGGGAAGUGUACUUGCUGUUCAACGCGCCCGUCUCUGACGCGAUGCUCAAGAAGAGCUGCCUCGUCAAGCUGCUGCAGUACAGCAACGUCAGGCUGGCCAGGAUACACGCGGCCAGCUUCUCUAAGGGGUCUGCCGUGCAGCAGAUAGUGAGGAGCAAGCUGCUUCACAGUCGGCACCCUGUCACGCACAGCGCUGACAUCAUGAGGAUGCUCACGCUGCACCGCUGGGGGGGAGUGUAUCUGGAUCUCGAUAUGUUGGUGGUGAAGUCGUUCGAUUCUCUGCCGCAAAAUUGGAUUGCGAAAUCUUCUCCAUUUGAUUUGGCAACUGGAGCCAUGAGGUUAUCGAAAGAUGAGGUUGGACAAAAUUGGACCGAGGAAAUUAUUCACGAAAUAUUGUCUACGUACGAUAACACACAAUGGUCGGGGUAUGGCGCUAGGGCUACGGAAAGAGUGCUCCGUAGAAGAUGUCCCGAACUUCACAACGCUACAUCUGGGGAUUGUCAAGGGCUUUCAAUUUACAGCAGUGAAUUGUUUUACCCCAUCGGUUUUUCGGAGGCCCACUUAUUGGUCCGAGGGGGACCCCUUAAAAAAAUUAAUGUGGAGCCGUAUACAUACCACAUCUGGAACUUAGUGACGAAGAUGUUCACCAUUCGACCCAAUUCAGCAUACGUUCAGUUAGCUUCGAAACUGUGCCCACUAAUCUAUGGCGCUUACGGAGAUGCGUUCGGAGUGUAGUUUUAUGUUUUCCUA